UCUCAUUACAAUUUCAUAAUCUUCGUACUGUGCUCAUGCGGCUACUUUUUCUGUGCUCGUAGCGGCGCUUGGCUGCAUACUCCUCGAGCGCACUGGCUCGCUCGCCCAGCCCGCAACGUACGCGGCGACCUCGAGCGCGAAGAGCACCCAGAACGCGAUCGUGAUUCCGCGGGGCACGAGCGUCCCGGCGUCAGCGACGCGGUUCCACUCGUCCAUCCCCGUCUUCAUCCCCGCGUAGAGCAGCGCGGUCAUCGCGAUCCCGCAGAAGACGUGGACAUGGCGCAGCGCGUGCUUCUGCACCGUGAUGGUCGGGAACGCGCUGCCCGGCUUGCUGUACCCCGCCGAGUGCGUGUAGUGCGCGACGACGCCGAGGAUGAACUGCAGCAGGAACAGGAUGAAGAUGGACAGGCCGAUGUCGUGGUGCGGGUCCUUGCGCGACCCGACGAACUGGUUCGGGUGCGCGCCGCUGUCGACUGCGGCGGUGCCGACGAUGAACACGAUGAUGACGCAUACGGCCGUGAGCGUCUGGAGUACGAGGUGCCCUUUGAACCACCAUUGGCGGUCGCGGAAGAAGCGGCCGAUGAGGACCGCUGCGGGCGCGGUGAACAACACCGCGAUGGAAGCGAAUACAGCUGAGCAGGUCGAUCAGCCGGAGGCCGGAGCUCUAUGGAAGCCAUGCGCACCGUGAGCGAUGAUCAUCUGGUCAUGGUAGGUAAACAUGUUCGUGGUCGUUGGCAGCUGAAGGGCGGGGGGAAGGGCAGAGAGGGAAAACCUGCUUCAAGCGCUGAAUCCGGGAACCCCACUUAUAUUACUGUACGAAACCAUCCGGCUUCUGUCGGUGGGAUAGAACUGCCAUUAGGAUACUUCCGGGCCCGUUUCGCGAUACUUAUUCCCGCACAGGGAAGUAAUUCGCUCUCCCAGAUGAAUCGACACGGAUCUAACGACGAUGCCAUGCCACUCAGCCAAGCUUUAUGGGCGCUCGAGCUCACAACGGCUUGCAAACACUGUCGCCCGGCGACAAAUUCAUAGACGAGGAAAAUUUUGUCGCUGUCAGUCAGAUGUGCUUAUCAGAUUUCGGCUAUCGGUUUAUCUGAUAGUCGGUGACAUGAGGUCGAAGAAAGGGCGAGACCGCCGCAUCUGGUCCCACGUUGUCGUUGGAGCCUGCAGUCCGCCAAAAACCUCCGAGAACGGUAUUGCAAUUUGCCUAGUCCACGCCCGACAGAUAUAUAACCCGGCGCGCCUUUUACACUACCUGAGUAGUGGAAAAGGAGAAUCCACGGGGGUCAAGUGGACAUUAGGUUGCCAUGCAAUCAGUUUACCAAAGUCCCGCAUAAUGGCCGUUCGAUAGUAAUCUCAUCUCCGUUUAUCAGAUAUUGCGCCGUAAGCUUCUUCUAUCAGAUUAGAUGAGAUUCUCCA